AAAAUUUUGAUAUUGGAUGUGGACUUGGUAAAGGACAAUAUGGGCGUGUUUAUCUUGCAAGAGAGAAAACAAGCGGAUAUAUUGUUGCAUUGAAAGUGGUGUCCAUACCUGAAAUUAUCAAAGCUAAAACUGAAAAUCUAUUAAGAAGAGAGAUUGAAAUACAAAGUAAUCUAAGACACCCAAAUAUUCUACAUCUAUAUGGACAUUUCUAUGAUGAAACACAUGUAUUUCUGAUUCUUGAAUAUGCAGCUGAAGGUGAACUUUAUAAGCAUUUAGAAAAGUGUACCAAAUUUACUGAAAAAUGGGCAUCAAGGUAUAUUGCUCAGGUGGCAAGUGCUUUAGUUUAUCUUCAUCAAAAGCAUAUUAUACAUCACGAUAUCAAGCCUGAAAAUCUUUUGUUGGAUUUUAAUGAUGAACUUAAAAUAGCUGAUUUUGUUUGUGGUACAUUGUAUUACCAUUCACCAAAAAUGAUCGAGUGUUCAAAAAUUGAUUUAUGGUCUCUUGGCAUCUUGUGUUAUGAAUUAUUGUCUGGCACUGCACCAUUUGCAGAAAAGGAUUGUUCUGCUACGUAUGAAAGAAUCAGAAGAGUUGAUUUUAAAAUGCCUCAACACUUUUCAGAAAAUGCUAAGCACUUGAUUAGAUCGCUUCAAAAAGAUCCUGAUAAACGAUUACCUUUGGAAGAAGUCUUGAAGCAUCCUUGGAUCUUAAAGCAUAAGAAUCCAACCUAA